AUGGCCGCUAGAAUCAUUCCGAUCACUAUUCAAAGAGCACCUGAAGCUCCACCGUCACCACUACCGCAGCAGCAUACCAUUAUCGAAAAGCCAGCCUCUUCUAUUGCGGCAUCUCCAUCGCCACCGCCUCCGUCGAACACCUCCACGACCACCAGCUUUGAUGAGAUGUCGAGCAACUCUCGCCCUAUGACGAUGACGUUGAUGCGAAAUCGAAGUAUUGACGAUUUCAAUGAGCAGGUUGUGAACAUGCUUGAUGAAGUCGAAAAACGAGUCGAGCAACUGAGGGAGGCCGCAUCAAUGCUUGAGCAAGAGAAGGAGCAGAUUUUGGACAUGUUGAACAGCGUUAGCCUGAACACUGAGUUGCUACGGCUUGGACAAGGCGAUCGUGAGGAUAUUACUGCAAUCACCAAUCGUUUGGCCGCCAGAACAAAGACCGUUGAUGUGUCUGUAAAUACCCCACGCAGUACCGAACAGGAACGUGCCUUAUCGUCUGUGAACAACCUCAUUGAAGGAGUCGUCGAGAAAAUGCAAGAAGACAUGCAGGCUGGGAAGGAGACUUGUCGCCGUUAUCUGAAUGCAUGUAAUCCCGACCAACCGGACGGCCCAAUCGAUCAGAGAUUCCAAGCACAGCUUAUUGAAUGUACCGCCGAUGACCAGAAGAAGAUUCGCAGAAAACUCGGCCAGAUCAUUGCUCAAUUUGAACGCGCUGAACGUACUUUCACGCCACAUUGGUAG